AUGAAUAAGUCUUUUCUGUUAAUAGCUUCCUACUUCUUCCUUGUUGCUCAUCUUGGCACGGUGAUAACACAGCGUAGCCAAGAUGAAUCUUCUCACCAGUACGUCCACUUGGCAGGGAAUGGCCGCAACGUAAAGAAGGCUACCCUCGAUAAUGACAUACCUGAGGGGGAAAUAUUAACAAAAAAACAGUCUUUUCUUCAAUAUGACACUUUAGCAGCAGGAUCACCACCAGCGCAACCACCAGCACCACCAUGCGUAGGUGACGACGACUGCUUUUGUAAGAAUUUUUACGACUUGACUUUAAUUAUCGACGAAUCUGGAAGCAUAGGAACUAAAAAUUGGGAAAACCAUGUCAUCCCAUUUACAGAUAAAAUCAUAAGCGACUUACAUAUUAGCGAAAAUGAAGUCCACGCAGGAAUCUUGUUGUUUUCCAACCUCAACAGAGACUACGUUACCUUUGAUGAAGACGAAAGUUAUAAGAAGGAUCAGCUUUUGAAAAAAGUGGACCAGCUAAAAAAAAAAUAUGGUGCUGGAGGUGGAACCAAGAUUUUCUCAGCUUUGAAAUACGCAUUGGACAAGUACACUCACCAUAAGAAAGGGAGACCCAAUGCCCCCAAAGUAACCAUACUUUUUACUGACGGAGACGACACUUCCAUAACCAGCACUAAUAUGCUCCUUGAUAUGGGAUUAACGUACAGAAAAGAAAACGUAAAAUUGUUAGUUCUUGGUGUUGCAGAAGCGAGGGAGAGUAAUUUAAGACUAAUAGCUGGCUGUGGAGAAAAAAAUGCCCCUUGUCCAUCUGCCAUGAAGGCGGAAUGGGAAACUAUAAAUGAUAUAACGAAAAAGUUAACGAACAAAAUAUGUCACACGGAGGAGGAAGACGAUGAGACCAUCACUGGUACUACUCCUACCCCCCCGCAGCAAAAUCCAUGCCAAGGAGAUGACUGUUUCUGUGAAGACUACUACGACUUAACUUUAAUCUUAGAUGAAUCCGGAAGUAUUACCCUGAAUAAGUGGAAAGUUGAUGUUGUCCCCUUUGCAGAAAAGUUAGUAAGUAAUUUAAACAUAAGCAAAGACAAAAUACACUUAGGCAUUAUGCGUUUUGCCGUUAAGGUAAAAGAAGAUGUUAGUUACGGACAGGAGACGAGAUACGACAAAGAUGCCUUAAUACAUGUAGUUAAAGGAUUGAAAGAGCAGUAUGGAAGAGGACAAGGAACCCGACUUGUGGAUGCCUUAGAACACUCGCUCCGAAAUUUCACGAGACAUCCAAACAGUAGGGCCAACGCACCUAAAGUGACCAUUUUAUUCACGGAUGGCAAUGAAAAUUACAGAGGAUCCAGACAAGUACGCGAUAUAGGAUUAAAAUAUAGGAAGGAAAACGUGAGGCUCAUUGUGGUAGGGGUUUACAAAGCUACCAUAAAGAGUCUAAAAAUGUUGGCUGGCUGCAAUGAGAAUGAGCCCUGCCCGCAGGUCAUCAAGUGCGAUUGGGACCAGCUGACCAGCAUAACGCAGCUGAUCACGGAUAAGAUAUGCGACAUAGAUGCGGGGGAGGUCCCGAGUUUGCCAGACGGUGCAGAGAAGCCAGACGGUGCAGAGAAGCCAGACGGUACGGAGAAGCCAGACGGUACGGAGAAGCCAGACGGUACGGAGAAGCCAGACGGUGCAGAGAAGCCAGACGGUGCAGAGAAGCCUGACGGUUCGGAGAAGCCAGACGGGGCAGAAAAGCCAGACGGUGCAGAGAAGCCUGACGGUUCGGAGAAGCCAGACGGUACGGAGAAGCCUGGAUCAGGAGGCCUCGCCGAACCAGACCAGCAGAACCCCCCAUGCACAGACUGGGACGACUGCUACUGCAAACACUUCUACGACCUAACCCUAAUUUUGGACGAAUCGGCAAGUAUAGGCAAUUUCAGAUGGAGCCACGAAGUCGUUCCGUUUGCGACAGAAAUUGUAAAAUCAUUACACGUGGGAUACGACGCAGUGCACGUGGGACUCUUACUCUUUGCUGACUCAAGAAGAGACAUUGUGAGAUUUUCCGACGAAACCAGAUAUGACAAAUCGUUCCUGUUGAAAAAGAUAGACAGCUUAAAAGUGGAUUACAGAAACGGGAGGAAAACCUUCAUUGUGGGAACUCUGGUAUAUGCAUUAGAGAAUUAUACAAAAAGCUCAAUUAGAGUUAAGGCCCCGAAAGUAACGAUGAUCUUUACAGAUGGUAAUGACACCAGCGCGUCAGAUGAGAGAUUAUACAACACUGGCUUGUUGUAUCGGCGAGAAAAGGUGAAGUUACUAGUGUUGGCUGUUUCUAUGGCUGAUGAGAAAAAGCUAAGGCUAUUAGUGGGCUGCACGCGAACUCAAAACUGUCCAUUUGUGAUUAAGGCCGAGUGGGGACAAUUGCCCAGUCUUUCAAACGAAUUCGUGAAGAGGAUAUGCAGCUCGGGUCCUGUAAUACCUCCCGAGGACGGAAGCACCCCACCACCACCGCCACCUGAGGUGGAUAUCCCGACGGAUCCAGAACCAGCUGUUCCCCCAUGCCAGGGAGAUGAGUGCCUUUGUCAAAGCAUGUACGAUUUGACUUUAAUUCUGGACGAAUCAGCCAGCAUAGGAAACUCGAAUUGGAAGAAACAAGUGUACCCCUUCGUGGAAAGGCUCGUAAACAAGUUAGAAGUUUCGGAGAACAAGGUCCAUGUCGGGAUUAUGCUAUUCGCUAAACAUAUGCGAGAUUUUGUGAGGUUUUCCGAAAAGGAGAGUUAUGAGAAAGACAGUUUGAUGAGGAAAGUCCCCGAUUUGAGAAGUGCAUAUAAGGCUGGGACACACACUUACAUAGUGGAGUCUCUAGAGUAUGGCUUACAGCAUUAUACAAGGGGGCCAAGCAACAGGGCAGAUGUACCCAAGGUGACCAUCCUCUUUACAGAUGGGAAUAACAGCAAGUCUGGAGAUGAAAUUCUGUCCAACGUGAGUUCCCUGUACAAGAAGGAGAAUGUGAAACUGUUGGUGGUUGGUGUUGGCGCUGCAAGUAUGCCUAAGUUGAGACUACUGGGGGGAUGCCACAAGACGGAGGGAGAUUGCCCCUUCGCUAUAAAGACAGAUUGGGACAGUCUCAAAGAUAUAUCACAGGGAAUGGUAGACAAGAUAUGUGACACAGAUACGGAGAUAACCCCACCACCACCAUCCUCAGGAGGGGGUGAAGUGGCGCCUCCAUCAUGCACCGGUGACGAAUGCUUCUGUAAAGACUACUUCGACUUGACAUUUAUAGCGGCCCCGUCCAUAAAGAAAAAUAUUAGAAGGAAGAAUGAACUGACGAAAUAUGUUACGAGAAUUGUUAAUGCGUUUAACGUAGGUGAGAAGAACGUGCAUGUGUCUCUUUCUCUGCACUUGGGGGAGAAGACGGUGAACACGGAUUUUGACAAUGCGGUGGCGACGGACAAGAAGGAACUACUCAUCCAGUUAGAAGUCAUAUCGGCGGAAAAUGUGAAUUUGGGCAGAAAAACGAACAUUGCGGAGGCCUUAGCGGUGGGGUUAAAGCAGUCGUUUUCGACUGGACAUAGGGAAGACGCCCCCAAGGUAGCGCUUCUACUGACAGAUAGUAACAAUGAUGUGUCUGAGCAGGGGGUGCUGCAAAGCUUGUCUAAGCAGUACGCAGAUAGGAAGGUUAAACUGUUGGUGGUGGCGAUAGGGAAGCUACCCGAGGAGUUACUAUUCAUCGCGGCGGGAUGUCCCUUGAGCAGUACAGGAGGUGAUCUUCGUCAUGGUGAGACUUGCCCCAAUGUCUUCACCUCUGCUGGAUUUUCAUACAUAAACAACGUGGAGAAAUUUUUAAGCAGAAAUAUAUGUGAUUGGGACAAUGGUGCAGCGCAGGAGGUUGAGCCUCCUCCUUCUUCUUCGCUACCUCCGCCAGAUCUCCCAUGCCAAGAUGACGAAUCGUGUGAAGAAUGUGACGACGACGUAUGCAAUAAUGACCCGACCUGUAAAAAAGUUUUCGACAUAGCAAUCAUGCUAGAUCAAUCGCGUAGCAUAACGAAUGAUCAGUGGAAGAAGUACGUGAGGCCUUUCUCCAUUUCCGUCAUUAAAUCGAAUUACUUGGCCAAAAAUAGGACUCAUGUGACUCUGGUGAAGAUGGGAAGGACACCAAAGGUGCAAUGGAAAUUGGGAACGAAGGCUAGCUAUAGAAAAAAUCAGAUGAUUAAGAAGGUGAACCAGUUGGUCAAAUCGACGUCGAGUAGCAAAGACAUCGCCGGUAAUUUGAAACACCUACGAGAGAAGGUAUUCAGGGGGAACGAGAAGAGGUCUUCUUCUUCCUCUUCUUCUACCACCAACAGGAAGCAGCUCAUCAUCAUGCUAGUGGAGGGAAUGUCCGACACCGAUUUGAAUGAACUCCGAAGAGAAGUAGCGCUUCUCAAAGUGAACAACAUUGACCUGUUUGUUUAUGCCAUAGAUAGCAUCGAUGAUGAGGUAUACAGAAUACUUGGCGAUUGUGAACGCACCUCAUCCGGGGUUUGUAAAAACGCCGUGAAGGUAACCUGGGAUAAGUUACUAUCAUCUGAGAAGAUACAUAGCAGCUACAUAUGCAGCCUCUACCCUGAAGAUGCUGAAUGUACCGAAUGGGGUGAUUGGAGCCCAUGUCCAGACAGCACCUCCACCACGUGUAACAAUUUGGCCGUUAGUAAAAGGGAGAGAAAGGGACCACCAUAUACAUUAAAGGAGGAGGAGUAUCUACAGGACGGUCGUCAUAUGGCUGGGAGCUCGUGCACAGAUUUGAACUCCAUUGAGUAUAAAGCCUGCCCCGUCCCGGAGGAGUGCAACGAUGUGUGCGGCGAUUUUGGUGAGUGGAGCCAGUGCAGUGUGACUUGCGGGGAGGGCAUAAGGACGAGGCACCGCGCGGGGGAAGGAAGCGGAACAGCCAAUGGAGCAGCUGGGGACACCUCACGGGCAGCCUCUUUCCAAGAUGACGGAGCCGAUUCGUGUGACCUGUUCAACAAGACCGAGGUCGAAGCGUGCAAUGUCCAGGAUUGCGAUUCGGCCGAAAUAUGUGAGGAAGUCGGCGAGUGGGGCGAAUGGUCCGCGUGUUCCAAGACGUGUGGAUACUCCACCAGAAGGAGAACCUUCGUCAUUCUGCCGGAAGACAAAGAUGAGUACGCGCACUGCUCGACGUUCGAAAAGGCCGAAACGGAGGUGUGCUCGGUUCCUGCGUGUGAAGAUGAGAAGUGCUUCGAGUGGGAGGAGUGGACCGAGUGGUCAGCGCCCUGCGGGCCACGCAAGAGGGUGCAGCGAGCCCGCCGCCUCAAUGGGGGUACAAGCGGCAGCAGUGGAAGCAGCGGCAGCAGUGGAAGCGGCGGCAGCAGUGGAAGCGGCGUAGGAGGUACCGCCACCCAGGCGGACGAGUGCGAAGCUUACUAUGAGAACAAAAUCCAGAGUGAUGAGGACGGAACUAACAGCGUUCCCUGUACGGAGAACCCCUGCGGCAGCUGGUCCGAAUGGUCCGAGUGCGACCGCACGUGCAACGUCGGAAUGAGGAUGAGGCGCUUUAUUUCGAACAUCACCGGUUUGGUAGGAGAGGAUACCGAUUUAUGUUUAGAAUAUCACAACGAGAUAGAGACGGAGCCGUGUCUAAACCUGCCACUUUGCGAUCAGGAGGAGUGUAACGACUGGGAGACGUGGGUUCCGUGCGGCGAGGAGGAGGAGCACGGGCGAUUGCGGCCGGCAGUGUCGUUGCGGGCUGCGGAUGCAUUUCCAUCGGGAAGAGGCUCCACAUCUUGCCAUGCCACGCCGAGGAGAAGAAUCCUCACGAGAAAACUAGAGUUGCUUCAAAACAAAAAGGCGAGCACGUCCAAGUUCUGCAGCGACUACAAUUUAUUCAGAGAAGAAGAGUGCCCAGUGUUGGGUGGCGAAACCACGUGCAACGACGCGCUGUGUAACGAGUGGGAAGAUUGGGGAGAGUGUUCCCCGACGUGCGGCACGGAAUCAUUUAGAGUUAGAAGGCGAAAAGAGCCCCUGGAGCUGAUUCCCCCAUCGGAGGAUAUGGACGGGAAGAUGGGGCUGACCUGUGAGCAGCAGAAUGUAAGAAUAGAGGAGCGCGAGGCGUGCAGCGUGCCGGCGUGCGCACCGCCAUCGGGAGGGGGUAGCAGUGGAGGCGGCGGUGGCAGCAGUGGAAGUAGUGGAAGUAGUGGAAGCGGUAGUGGAGACAGUAGUGGAAGCGGCGGUAGCCAAAGCGACAGUGGCGGCAUGGGGACCGGGGAGAAGGUGUCGCUGGCCGCAGGCAUCCUCGGGCUCCUGGGCCUCGGUGCGGGUGGCAUGAUAUACGGCUACAACACCCUGACUGGAGGGGAGGCCCCUCACAGCUCGAACAUGGAAUUCGAAAACGUGGAAGCCGACGGAACAGAGGGGGACAAGGCCAAUGAAGACUUUGAAGUGAUUGACGCCAACGACCCGAUGUGGAACUGA